GAGAGAGACAGACAGCGGGAGGAGCAGCAGAGGAGACACUGACUGUGGAGCUUCACAUAUUCCAGCGACUGUAACCGGUAAUAAUGAACCUGCUGAAUGAGACCGAGCUCCGCCUGCCGCUGGCUGAAUACGGCUUCGAGCGGCGCUUUGACGAGAGAGGAGCGAUUGAAUGGAUGCAAGCCAACUGGAGUAAGUCCUUCGUGUUCAGCGCUCUAUACGCCGCCCUGGUGUUUGGCGGUCAGCACUUCAUGAAGCCUCGACCCAAACUGAACCUGCGGCGGCCGCUCGUCCUCUGGUCGCUCAGCCUCGCUCUCUUCAGUAUCAUCGGCGCCAUCCGAACCGGCUGCUACAUGUUUCACAUCCUGAGCAGCAGCGGCUUCCGACAGUCCAUCUGCGACCAGAGCUUCUACAACGGACCCGUCAGCAAGUUCUGGGCCUACGCCUUCGUCCUGAGCAAAGCCCCGGAGCUCGGCGACACGGCGUUCGUGGUGCUGAGGAAGCAGAAGCUGCUCUUCCUGCACUGGUACCACCACAUCACCGUGCUGCUGUACUCCUGGUACUCCUACAAAGACAUGGUGGCCGGCGGCGGCUGGUUCAUGACCAUGAACUACGGCGUGCACGCACUCAUGUACAGCUACUAUGCCGCGCGCGCUGCCGGCCUGCGCGUGCCACGACCCUUCGCCGUGCUCAUCACCAGCGCUCAGAUCAGUCAGAUGGCGAUGGGGCUGACGGUGAGCGGGCUGGUGUACCGAUGGAUGCAGCACGGCGACUGCCCCUCGCGCAUCGACAACAUCACCUGGGCCGCGCUCAUGUACCUCAGCUACCUGCUGCUCUUCUCCAACUUCUUCUACCAGACGUACCUGCGCCGCCGCGCCGACGGCAAGACCGCCAAGGCGGAGUGAACACGGCCGAGGCUCCGCCAGCGGCAUUCUGGGAGGUUUGUCAUGAUGACUGAUGCUGGAGCUGCUGAACUUUGACCUUUUGAAAUGAAUCAGAACGUUUUAUGAACUCAUGAUGAAGCCGUUUGUUCAAAGUCAAAAACAAAGUGCUGGCGUCUCCUCGACCCUCCAACAAUCACGUCUGUUAAAUAAAAGUAUCAAGUAGUGUUUUUAUGGAAGAUAAUUGGGGCCACGUUACAAAUUUACUUGAGUUAAAGUAUUUAAAAGGUCAAAUUCUGAGUUUAAAGUUUUGAUCUUCAGAACUCAGAUAAAUGUUUUUGGCCCUAAUUGUCCUCCGUAGUUUAAAUGGAGCAGAUCUAACCACAAACUCUCUUCAGAUUAUCACUAAAUUAUUGGUUUUGUGCUUUUUUUGUUUUUUUUUAAAUUUCUUCUGAUGGAAGUUUUUCAUUUUCUUCGUCACAAAAUCUGAAACCAGCUGCUGAUUCUCGACCUUCCCUCACUUAUUUAUUUUAUUUAUUGAUUUUGAAGCGUCCAUGUAGCCGUCGCCUCGACACACCCGACACAUUCCUGCAGGCCGCACCCGUCCUGCUCGUACCGGUUGGACCGGUUUGAGCGGUUUCACCUGAACACACCUUCAUUCACGUCUGCGAGCAGCCAAUCAGGAGGCAGCAGCCCUACAGGUGUGUCUGAGUCACAGCGAGGCCGAUCUGAUGUGUUAAUGUUUGGUAAUCGAUUAUAAUCAAUAUUCCUUCCUGAUGAGGUUUGACUCUGUUGAACAUCUGUAGUUUAUACUAAAGUGUUUUCAGAUCUCCGUCUGAUCUAUUUAUUGAUUUAUUGGUAUUUAUUUGACGUAUGAUGGCGGCUGAUCGGCGGCCGGAGAAGUCUCCAAACACGUUUCACUUCCACCAAAUGUUUGACUUUAACUCACUUUGUGAAUCACACGGUGAAUAUUUGAUUCUGCAGCAUUAUUAUUAUUAUUAUUAUUAUUAUUAUUAUUAUUAUUAAUGUAUUUUAAGUGUGUGAUUGUGGAAAUGUGUCUGAAUUUUAAAGGAAACCUUCAGCAGCAGAAGCUGAUGGAUUAUUGAUGAUGAUGAUUUUCUGUAUGAACACACUGAACUCAUUUUAUGAUUCUGCUGUUGAUGAAUGAGAACACGAGAUCUUCAUGUUUAAAAUAUUUUUAUUAAUUGUUUGAAAAGUUAUAAUAAAGAAUCUGUUUGAUA